UCCCAGCCGUGAUCGCCAGUCUCCCGCUUAUCCCGAGACGCCGUCUUCCCCUCCCACUCCUCCUUUUUCCCUUCGCCUCUUCUUUUUCUUCUCACCGCAGUCAUUCCCUUGGAAACCCAUUAAUCCCACCUUUUGAGCCCAUUCGGAACCCGUCACUCAUUCCGGGCGUCCAUUACCUUCCUUUGGCUUAACCAGCUUGACGACUAUCUCUUUUCGAGGUUCCACCCUCACGCGAGCCGGCCCCCGGUAGUCGACGUAGUCCUUCGAACCUGCCCCAUAGACCUCGCUCCUCAAGGCAAGGACCACGCUCCUUCAGCACGUUCCCUAGCAUCACCAUUGAGCCUUGAGCCUGAGCUUGAGCCUCUUGAUCGGCGGUCGACGACUUCGCGUAGCUGCUGGGACCCGACCCUUCCCGCCCACGCCACGACCGAUCAAACCCCGAAGCAUAUAACCCAACCAUCCUUAUCAACAUCUACACCAACACGCUCGAUUUGCUGGAUCUCUCGAGGCUUAAUCGGUUGAUAUUGUGUGCCUGUAUCCCAUCUUUCGGGGGAUCUCUCAUCAUCUUCCUCACCGUUCCGUCUUGGAAGGACGCUGUCGGCACACAGCAUCCGCACUGCAGUUUCGCGGUACUCUCUCCAAUCCGCCACCCAUUACAUCCUCCUCGACGCGCCCGAAAUGGCCACCGAGGUCGACAUGCCGCUGGGCGUUCACUCGCUCGGUGAGCUGGACCCCAUCAAGAUCGAGGACGCCAACAACGGCGGGGACUCGUCCACCCCCACCCCCGUCUCGGCCAUACACAACAAGUCCAACCAGACACCGUCGCCCUCGGCCUCGGGCUCGACCCCUCAGUCCUCUGCCUCUCGCCGCCCGCCGCGCAAGAGCACCCUGACUCAGCAGCAGAAGAAUCAGAAGCGCCAGCGCGCCACUCAGGAUCAGCUGACAACCCUGGAGAUGGAGUUCAACAAGAACCCUACCCCCGCAGCCCUGGUUCGCGAGAGGAUCGCUGAGGAGAUCAACAUGACCGAGAGGUCUGUUCAGAUCUGGUUCCAGAACAGGCGCGCCAAGAUAAAGCUGAUGGCCAAGAAGAGUCUCGAGACUGGCGAGGACAUCGACAGCAUCCCCGAGUCGAUGCGCGCUUACCUGGCGAUGCAGGCCAUGGAGUCCGGCAAGGGCUUCCCCGGUGCCUUCCUCGGACGCGGAAUGAUGCCCUAUGGCCAGAGCAGCAUGCUCAUGCCUGGGGAGCAGGGAGGCCCGAGCAAAGUUUUGAUCCACCAUCUGACCUGCCGCUCUCUGAGCAUCGGCAAGUGGACGCGUGUUGGCCAGAACACGAUGGACCUGAUCGUCUUCUACUCGCCUGACAAGUGCACCAUGACGUACUACAUCAACAACGAGCAGGCCGGGUACAAGAUCGAGUACCACUUCUCGUGCAUCAAGACCAUCACCGUCGAGAACAGCGACGACCCAAACAAGUUCGGUGGCAUCAUCAUCGAGCUCAACAGGCCGCCCAGCUUCUUCAUGGAUCAAUCCCCAACCUCGAACGGCUUCUUCCAAUGCGGUGACUUCACCGAGGACCAGCAGGCGUCUCAGUGCAUGGUUCACCACCUCGGAGGCAACCCCAAGGUCCUCAGCGGCCAGCUCGCCAAGCUGGUCUCGCUCGAGUCCUUCAUGAACCGCCACAACCCGAUGCAGUUCGCCGACCCCAUGGCCCACCAGAUGCCCGUGUCCGCGCCUGUCUCGCCGACCAACCGCCCGUCCUCGCAGCCCAACUUUGCCCAGCCCCAUGUCGGCAUGUUCCAGGAGUCCCAGUGGGGCAUCACUGGUAUUCAUCCCGGCAUGCGUGGCCCGGGCCACAAGAGGCAGCGUAGUCGGUCCGUGCCGCUCGCCGUCGACUUCUCCAUGCUGCAGACCCCCAUGCCCUCAUUUUACAUCCAGCACCCGGGCGAGUCGCAGCCCCAGCCCCACAGCCCCGGAAUCUUCUCGCCUGUUCCGCAGACGCCGCAUGCCAUGUCUCCGGCAGGACCUGGCCUCCGCAUCGACACACAGGCCGGCUUCGGCUUGGACAUGCGCCAAUACCCCAUGUCGGCAACCACGGCCCCGUCUCCCUCCGAGUACAACAGCCCCGGAUUCUUCUCGCAGGCUCCCGAGAACACGCCGCUGCCGGCAUCGAGCUUCAACACGCCGUACAGCAGCACUUUCCUGUCGCCCAUGAUGAACGCUACGAACCUCUCGAUUCCCCAGUCCGUCUCACCAAUUUCUUUUGGGAGCGCCGACCCGGCCAUCGUCGACCAAUCGCCCCCGCUAGGCAUGCUGGGCCGCAGCUCCUCUGCCGACAUCUACCCGAUGCAGGGCGAUUCAUCAGCCAUUUCGGACGACGGCAGCGGCCUGAACGAGAUGUACUCCAAGCACACGCUCAACCUGCCCAUGCACCCACAUUCGCCCGCCUUUGCCGAGCAUAGCCAAGCAGAUAUGGACAUGAACCAGCUUGUGCACUUCGACCACGUUGACCCUUCCAGCCUCUCACCCGAGAGCGUCCACCACGGCGCUCCCCAGUAAGAAGAUGAGAGGGCUCGAACGGUGAGGGCGCGUUGCCAACAACAGGGCCCUUUUUUUAUGAUGAGCUUUCUCACUCUGCGCUCAUGGUGCCCGGUGCGACAUGUGGUUGGUGGUGAUGGAUUUGGACAGGAUAUGACAUAUAUACCCAUCUGGCGCUUUUAUACAACGGGGACAGGUUCUGGACCUUUCUUAUUUUUCCUUGUCUCUGCUAUUGUCUUUCCCAAUUUUUCUCAUCUCUUUGGCUGCGGCUCAAAAAUCUUUAGCGUUCUUGGUUCUCCUUGGCUGUCGCAUCGGCCGCUUGUUGGUCACUCCCCGCCCUCCCAUACACCAAGUCGCCGCCCACCCAGGUGUGGUCCUGUUCGCCGUGUGUGUAUAGGGGCGCCCUGGGUCAUCAUGUUUCCGCGUUUCUUUACGUCUUAUCUGUUUGCAUGAUUUUC